UUUCAAGUGUCAUUCAACAAACAGCUCUCCAACUCCAACAAAAUCACAACUUUAUAUUCUUCUAAAAAUCUAAUAAAGAACCAGUCACACUUUUGAUCUUCAAGAAUCCUCAUUCACUUUUGAUCUUCAACAGCAAAACGUAUUCGUUUCCUAGUGAUCGAGAAGAGAAUUCUCUAAGGUAUGGCAGGAAACGGUUCAUAUGGUGGUGCAUCAUGGGCUGAUCAAUGGGAUUACAGCAAUCCGGAUCCUGUUUCUGAAAACAAGAAGAACAAGAAAAAUACUGGUGGUGGGAAGAAAGUUGGAGAUGGAUUGGAGAAAACUAAAGAAGCUGCUAUAACAGGUGCCAAGAAAGUUAAAGAAGGUGCAUCUUUGGGGUUUCAAUGGGUCAAAGAUAAGUACAACAAGAGAACCCAAAAACAGUAGAACUAUGAAGAAGAAAAAAGGAUCUUUUCUUGUGAAGUAUUUUCGCAUUCAUUUAUUUUUCAUUUCAUGUAAUUUUGAUAGUUUCUUCUUUUCUUGUAGUGAUUUCUUGAUAUAUUUUCUUUAGUUUGUCUUUGUUGUAUAAAUUCAUAUUUGAUCGUUAUACAUAAUAAUAGUAAUAUACUGUCGUUUGAGUUUUAGA